CCAUUCAUGGGCCCCAUGGACACGGGCUUGAUCCUGUGGGCGCUGCUCUUUGCCCUGCGGCUGAGCUCCCCGACGGGUGCCCACGCCCAGGAUGCUGUGGCGCCGGCCCAGGUGCCCACGCUGCUGCCCCUGCUUGGGGCGCUGCUGCAAGAAGCGCCCCGGAAUUCCCCCCGAAGGCAGUUGACUCGCGGGCACCCCCUCCAGUACAUGUUGGAGUUGUACCGACAGAACGCCGACCAGCACGGGCGUCCCCGGGAGAAGCGCGUCUUCCGUGCCAACACAGUGAGACUGGUGAGGCCGGCGGGCCGCCGCGCACUGCCCCCCCGAGGUCCCUGGUAUGUGCAAACCCUAGACUUCCCACUUCAGCCAAACCGUGACAUGGACCAUCUGGUGAGGGCCGCUGUUGCUUACCGCCCUCGCCUCCGCCUAUCUCACUCCCAUCUUUCCUGCCAUGUGGAACCCUGGGCCCACAAGAGCACCAUCCUCCUGGGAGGAGGCUCCCCAGGCUUUGCUUUGCCGGAGGCCUGGGCAGAAAUGGAUCUCACCAAUUACAUUCAGCAGCAAGUUCAGCCUCAAAAGGGGAGGAGAGUCCUUCACAUCCAAGUCAGGUGUCAGCAGCAAGAAAGGACAGAGAUUGGCCUUGGGUGGAGGCAGGCCUUGGCUACUGACACUGCUUUCCUGGUUCUGUAUUUCAACAAUACCUUUAAAAGUGUGCCACGAAUGGAGCUGCCAGAACUUCUGGUGGGGGACCCUGAGGGAGCCGAUCUCCUUUCCCUGGCCCGGCGAGUCCGUCAGGUGGGCCCUGUAAGGUCUGAAGCACCUGGCCAGUCACUGGAGCAGACACAGUGUUCUCUCCAUCCUUUCCAGGUUAGCUUCCACCAGCUGGGCUGGGAGAACUGGAUCAUUGCCCCCCAUCUGUACAGCCCAAACUACUGCAAGGGGGCCUGUCCACGGGUGCUACACUCUGGCCUCCGAUCACCCAACCAUGCCAUCAUUCAGAACCUUAUCAACGAGCUGGUGGAUAGAAGCAUCCCCCGACCCUCAUGCGUCCCUUACAAGUACAUGCCCAUUAGUGUCCUGCUGAUUGAGGCCAGUGGCAGCAUCCUGUACAAAGAAUAUGAGGACAUGAUUGCCCAGUCCUGUACCUGCAGGUGAGCAUGGUGGCUAGGAGACUCCUGCUUGCUGGGUGCUAUUGAUUUCAAGGUGCAACACUCCUUUCACCAAACCUCAGACUCUUUACCCCACCGGGCACAAUCACUCUUUGAUGAUCAUCUCACUUUUGUUCCCACAAUUGAUCUAAAAA